AUGCCACCACAGGAUCUGAGCGAAAUAGACGUCGAUGAAUUGUACUCUUGCUGGAAAGAGCUUGGCUACGAAUACGAGGAUCUUUUUUGCGGCAUCACUAAGUGCGGCAGGAAGAAAGACUGGGCGAGCGGUUUGAUGAUGAACGCGGUUCUGAUAGACACUGAUAGCGCUUUGAUCAUGCAUCCAGCCAUGAUGGAUACGCUCCUUCAAGGAUUCCUCGCCGCCAUUGGGGACUGCCAUGAUGGUCGACUCUACACGCUUUUCGUCCCGACCGGAAUCUCCAGGGUUACCAUUAAUCCGUUUUUUGGCGGGCCCAGCGGUUUGACCGAUAGCGACUUGGCCAUUUUCGAUCUGUCAGGAGAUUGCGUUCUUCAAUUUGCUGGUGUCAAAGUGCCGCCGUUGAUGGUUCCAACUGCAGCUGACGACCGCUUGAUGUUUUCAGAAGUUGUUUGGGGGCCACUCGAUCCCGACGUUACACUUCGAAGUGUCCAGGAUGUUUCUGAGCCCACCAGUGACGCCAGAUAUGAGUUACAGCUAGCUGUUUUGUAUAUGAAACAGAUCCUCGAGCGGUUUUCCCUCGACAACAUCACUCGGAUCUCCUCGCUUGGAGAGAAAGUUGUUCCUUGGUUCAACCAUGUCAUUGGCUCCGUUCGGGCAGGCACACAUCCACUUUGCGCGAGCGAUGUGCUAUAUGACACCAUUGGCAAUGUGCGUUCCAAGCUCAGCACUUCCUCCUUUAUUGCGUACGCGAUUGAUGUAGUCGGGGAUAAAAUGAUCCCUCUGCUGUGCGGUGAGACGACGAUCUCGGAGGUGCUUCAGCAGGAAGACGAUUUCAUGCAUUGCUUCUCUAGAGAAUUGGCCAAUCCCAGCAUUCUCAAACAGAUGGCAUCGGUCGCAAAUCAGAUCAAGUUUCGAUAUCCUCACAUGAGGGUGCUGGAGAUUGGCGCUGGAUCAGCCUCUGCUGCGGCUGCUAUUCUUGAUGGUAUCGGAGAGUCAUACUACUCGUACACUUAUACGGACAGCUCGCCUGAGGGUUUUGACGAAGUCAGGAAGGUUUUCGCAGACCACUCCGACCGGUUUAUUGGCAGAAUUCUCGAUAUGACGGCGAAUUCUUUGGAGCAAGGAUUCACCGAACUCUCAUACGAGCUUGUCGUGGCAACAAAUCUACUUCACCCAAGUGCAUCGUUGCGGGAGAUAUUGGCGCGACUCAGGUCACUUUUAAAGCCUGGAGGCUAUUUGCUUCUUGCAGCAUGUAUAAAUGUCGACGCUCUCGGCGCUUCCUUCAUCUCCCCCAGCUUCGAAACUGGGUGGCUGAACGAGUCGGACUGUCAUAAUACGAGCCAGCGGUCAUUUUGGAAAGCUGGGGAAACAUUCUCCGGGAUGUUGGCUUCUCUGGAGUUGAUUUAA